UGUAGGGCUAUGGGACCAGCGCCGUAAGCGUUCAUACAGUGGACUGCCCGUGGAUGGACGCAGCGCGUGGGCUAUCUUUCUUAUUUGUUGUGUAGCUUUUUUGAGGAAAGUUCACUCUCCAUGUAGAAACAAGUGAUCUUUCUCUUUUUUUUUCAAAUAGACAGAGCACACUUUCCCUACUUUCAUUCGAACAAUGCUUGCGUCGCAAAGCUGGAUACAUCUGCUCUCAAAGCCGUAGAUAAACUCUGAAGAGGAGAAAAAGUAUUGCUUCAGAAAUAUUACAACUCUCGAUGUCGGUUUAAAAACCUCAUAGUGUGUAUCGAGGAGUCAGCAGCAUCUUUGGUCACUUUUUGGACUUUUUGUUGCCUCCCGUGUGCCAGUUUCGCACAGGUGAGCGGAUCUUGUCUGUACGGCGUGUUUGUAAAUGUUCGGAGCCCAGGAGCAUCUGGCUGGUGAAGCUGCCAGUGUGAAAGAGCGAAGUUUUGAGGAAGAAAUGGAUUCGGUCCGAUCAUGGGUGCGGAAUAUCGGUGUUGUUGAUGCAAAUGUAGCAGCACAGAGUGGAGUAGCCCUGUCCCGGGCACACUUUGAGAAACAACCCCCCUCCAAUCUGCGCAAGUCCAACUUCUUCCAUUUUGUGUUAGCCCUCUAUGACCGGCAUGGACAACCAGUGGAAAUUGAAAGGACAGCCUUUGUUGAUUUUGUGGAGCAUGAAAAGGAGCAGAUGGGAGAAAAAACCAACAAUGGCACGCACUACAAGCUCCAGCUCCUUUACAGUAAUGGUGUGAGAACUGAGCAAGACCUUUAUGCUCGCCUUAUUGACUCUGUCACCAAACAGCCCAUUUCAUAUGAGGGACAAAACAAAAAUCCUGAAAUGUGCCGUGUCCUGCUUACUCAUGAAGUCAUGUGCAGUCGUUGCUGUGAGAAAAAGAGUUGUGGAAAUCGUAAUGAGACACCAUCAGACCCCGUCAUCAUCGACAGAUUUUUCUUGAAGUUUUUCCUCAAGUGUAACCAAAAUUGUCUGAAGACAGCAGGGAACCCAAGAGACAUGAGAAGAUUCCAGGUGGUCCUCUCAAGCACCAUUAGCGUGGACGGUCAUGUUCUCGCUGUGUCCGAUAACAUGUUUGUCCACAACAAUUCCAAGCAUGGCCGUCGGGCACGUAGACUGGAGCCAGGUGAAACACUGGAGAAUCCCAUGGAAUAUGCCACCCCGUGUAUCAAAGCCAUCAGCCCCAGUGAAGGGUGGACCACAGGAGGCGCUAUGGUGAUAAUUAUCGGGGAGAAUUUCUUUGACGGUCUGCAGGUCGUGUUUGGGAGCAUGCUGGUGUGGAGUGAGUUAAUCACUCCUCAUGCUAUCCGGGUUCAGACACCUCCAAGACACAUUCCAGGGGUUGUAGAAGUCACACUGUCCUACAAAUCAAAACAGUUCUGCAAGGGAGCACCAGGACGCUUCAUUUACACAGCACUGAAUGAGCCAACCAUAGACUAUGGCUUCCAGAGGCUUCAGAAAGUCAUCCCUAGACAUCCUGGGGACCCUGAAAAACUGGCAAAGGAGAUGUUACUGAAAAGGGCAGCAGAUCUAGUUGAGGCGGUCUAUGGAAACACCCACAGUAACCAGGACAUGUUGCUGAAAAGGGCAGCAGACAUUGCUGAAGCCCUGUAUAGUGUACCACGGCCCCACAGUCAGCUGCAAGCUCUGCCCAGCUCCCCAGUGCAUGGCAGUGUCAUGGGACUAAGCUCGUAUCCCUCCCAGCUGGGGGUCAGUAUUGGAGAACCUGGACAAACCAGUGGGCAAGGUUACAUGCGUAACUCUAGUUUGUCUCCACGUGGCUACCCAUCUGCCUCCACUCCUCAACAGUCAAGCUAUGGAUCUGGAGGAGGCAUGAGUGGAGGAUAUGGAGCUGUGCCUAUGAGCAGUUUGGGUGUGCCAGGGUCCCCUGGCUUUAGUAGCGCCUCUCCAAACAGCUCUCCUUAUGGUACAGUAUCGUCAGCGAAAACAGUUCCUGUCUCCUGUCUCUUUUUAGUAAUGCCUUCCAGUCCCACUAUACCAGGAUCCAGCUCUUCUUCCUCUCUCCUUCCCUUCUCAUCUUUUCCUUCCACCGCCAAACAGAAGAGUGCUUUUGCUCCCGUCCUGAGACCCCAGGGUUCACCUUCACCUGCCUGCCCAGCCACAGGAGGCAACGGCUUCAGAGCAAUGGCAGGUCUUGUAGUCCCACCAAUGUAGAAGUCAAGUCCUCACCAGCCAAGAUUUUCACAACUAGCUGAUGCUUUAUGGAUAUGCCAUGGAGACUAGUGAUGUCUCAACCAUUUAAUGACUCCCAUCAUACACUAAUCAAUAUUCCACACAAAGCUCCUACAAGUGGAAAAGAAACUCCAGAGACUGAAAGAAGUACACUGCAAGUUAUGGCAAGCAAUGGGACCUGUCUUUCAAUAUAGAUGAAAAGAAAAACAUGAUGAAGCCAGUUAAGUGAAUGUGACAAGAGGACAACUUUGGGGAACUCUCAAGAUAUCACCUCAGAUGUUCUUCUUUUAAAGACAUGCAGAGAAAAAGGCUUCCUUUCUAUCUUCUUCUUAGCCCAGAGAAGCUUCACCAGCCCACCAGUCAUUCAAGACUAUUUUUCUACACGUCAGCAGAUUCUGAGUCAUAUGCUCAAUGGAUUUCCAUCACAUUCUA